AGGUGAGAGCGCAGGUGAAAAUGAUGGGAGGCUUGAGAGGGAGGGCGAAGGAAGCGGCAGAGGAGGAGCGAGCGAAGGGCAACGCCAGGCUGUUAGCAAAGCUGCAGAAGAUUGCAGACUCACCUUCGGUUCCUCCUCCUUACUCCCUUAGGGAGAAAAAAGCGUCUUCACAAGAAAUCAACAGGAGGAGAAGGGCGGAAGAAAUUGCAAAGGAGAACAUGGCGUUCGCGAAGCGACUUGAAGGAGUCAAAUCUGCCACAUUCGACCAGAAGACAAUGAAGCAUGAUCAGGCAAUGCAAGUCAGGUAUCUCAAGAACGUUUCUCAGUUUCCUGUUAUCGCCAAGGACUCGAAACCGAAACCCCAGAAGAAAUCUAUCCCCGGAAGGCCACCAUGGUUCAAAGAACUACCCGUGUCUCAGAAGGUCAGCGCGCGACCGGAAUGGCAAAGUUGAGGAGGGAGGAGGGAGAAAUCGUUGUGUAUUUUACUUGCCAGUAAGCGUAUUAUGCACUUGUUUAGAGAACAAAGAAUUCGCUUUGAGGGUUUGCGUUGACUGUAGAUGUAGUUUGCCUUCAUUACACAUGUAGUUUGUUUCAAUGAAACUUCUUGACUGCAUGUCCAUGUGCAGCUAAGAUGAA